CCGUUUAGGGCGCGCGCCCCCUCCGCAUCGGUGAGCGCUGUCGGACGCACGCGGACCCGGGCGCGAGACAGGAGGUCACUUUUGGUGUUUUGUGGACACGCACGCAGAGGAGUGAGAUAGGUCGGGGCCGUGCACGCGCACAGAGUGGAUACAAAGCACUGCGGGGUUUGGGGGGAGAAGCGGCUCGAGCGCAGUCCCGAGGACUUUGGAUAACUUGUACAAGAGAUUAGGACCUGACACCAUGCUGCCUUACUUCCUGCUCUUCUUCCUGUCGCCUGGUCUGGUGUUAUCCUCUGACUGCCCAGCCGACUGUUCCUGCCUCGGCCAGGACUGGAUAUUCUGCAUCCAGCGACGCUCCAGCAUUGUGCCUCGUGUCCCCACCACCACCCAAAAUCUAUACAUCUUCCAGAACGGCAUUGACACUUUGACCCAAGAGGACUUCAACGGCCUUGGGGAGUUGGAGUUGCUAGAUCUGAGCCAGAAUGAGCUGGCAGAGAUUCCAGAUGGUGUGUUUGAGAUGCUGUCAAAGCUGAAGAACUUAGACCUGUCCUCGAACCACAUUGCCCACAUUUCCAAAGACAGUUUUUCUGGGUUGGUCCAGCUGGAGAGGCUAUAUCUCCACGCGAACCGCAUUCAGAGCAUCGAUUCGGAAUCUUUUGCAGGUUUAGAGAUGCUACUGGAACUUAAGCUCCAAGGAAACCAGCUCAGCUCUCUGCCAUCUCUCCAUUUCCAGAGACUUCUGCUUCUAGACCUCAGCUACAACAACAUCCCAACCCUGGGACCCUCAGACCUUCAGACCCCCCACCUGGAGGCCCUUAAGGUGGCCUCGCUGGGGCUUACCACUUUAGAUGAGGGUCUCAUCGCUUCUCUGGGGAACCUCCAUGAGCUUGACAUCUCCACAAACCAGUUAACUGAGGUGCCCCCGGCCCUUAAGCAGGACUCCCUCAAGGGGCUGAUCAAGCUCAGCCUGGCUACCAACCCAUUGGGCGAGCUCAGUGUGGAGGACUUCCAGAAACUGAGUGGGCUUCAAGAACUGGAUCUCAGUGGACUUAAUCUCCAAGGAUUUUCCCAGAGUUUCUUCCAGACCUUCCCAAGGUUGAUGCACCUGACUGCAGCAGAGAACCCAUUUAACUGCUUGUGUCCAUUAGCCUGGUUCCCUUUUUGGCUAAAGGAUAAGGAUGUGAAUCUCGGGAGGCCUGAGGAAACCAGAUGUCACUUCCCUUUAGUUAAUGCUGGGAAGAUGCUUUCAGCGCUGGAGCACAAAGAUUUUGGGUGUCCACCUACCACAACAGUGCUGAUAGGCUCCCCCAUUGGAAGUACUCCAGUUCCCCAGAUGCCCACCACAUCUCCAGAUACCAUCCAUACCAACGCCAUUCCUCCUCCUCCUCCACCCAGUGAGGCAACCAUCUCCUCAAAGACGGACGGCGCCCUUUCACCAGAACCUCCAGUCUCCCCAAGCUCCACCAGCGGGGAGCACAUCUGCCCACCAAACAUCUGCCUCAAUGGGGGCACUUGUAAUUUUGAUCCAUUGGGUCAACUCAGCUGUCUAUGUCCGUUGGGAACUUCUGGCCUCUACUGUGAAAACGUGGAUGAGAUUCCUGAGACACCGAAACCUGCAGUGACAGAAGUUUCGCUCGCUGCGCCUGUGAUGCCGGCUGAGCUCGAUGCUAUUAGCUCCCGGCAGGUCACCUCCACUUCCAUUCUACUUGACCUUCACCGUUUCAUCGAGACGCGGCCACACAUCCGUGGCAUCAGGUUGACCUACCGUAACCUCUCAGGGCCUGACCGCCGCCCCAUUAUCCUGAGUGUACCUGCAACCUACCCUGAGUACACUUUGCGUGGGUUGAGACCCAACUGUACCUACUCAGUGUGUGCCAGUCCCCUGGGUGAAAGAGCCAACUCAAGGACCAACAGCUCUGUAGAAACAGGAUCGUGUACAGAGGCUCGCACCGAAGGGCUUCCACUGUCCUCCUCGGAGUCCAGGGUGGAGACACAGAGUCCGCUGACGUACACUCUCAUACCCGCCAUGGCUGCACUGGCACUGGUGAUGGGGUUGGCCACGGUGGCCGGGGCAAUCAUCUGUGUCCGAAAGAGGAGGCAGUCCAAGGCAGGAAUGGAGCUGCAGCUGGGCCCAGCAGAUCCCAUGGAACUAGAGGGGAUGAAGGCCUGCCUGGAGAUUGGGGGAAAUGGUACACUACCCCACAAACUGCCUGAGAUUGACCGCUGUCACACUCCUCAGCCGCCUCCAUCUUUGCAACAAAGUGGGGGUUUGGACUAUGAAUUACCCUUAAUGCAAGGACACUGCACAUCAAAUAACAAUGUAGCAACCUUAAAGCCAUCUUAUUUCUAAGAUGCAAUAAACUGUAAACACCUGUAAAGACAUUGGAGGCAGUGGGCCCAUUAGGACUUGAGAAAUCCUGCUACGGUGGUCAAAAUCCUAAUUCUCAUUCCAAUAUCAGAUAUCCACAAUUCGAAAUGUGGCACUUACUAUACUUUUGUUGAAAAUGACACUACAGACUGGAUCAUCUAUUUGAGAGACACUGAAUGAUGAAUUUAAGAUGACAGCAUAUUGGAAAUGUGCUGAACCACCAGGAUGGUUUAAUGCCACAGAGCAGAGUCCAUGGGGGUGAGACCUCACCGAGUGAUGGAACCAAGUGCAAUCGACUAGCAGGGUCUUAGUAGCAGACUGAAAACAGAAGUGCCUUGUUGUAAUCCUGUUGCUGGAUUUGGGAGGUACCGUCUGGAGAAAAGGGCCCCAUCAGCGUUUGGGCUACCGAACUGGAGGAAGUGGUUUUAAUGAAAACAGAAAACAGUGGUGCAGAUGUGUGACGACCACACGAUUCGGUAUUAAAAAAAGGUUUUGACCAACUCCUACGAGAACUUGCACUGAAAAUAAAUGAUUAUUUUCCUUUCCGGUGUCCAGAUGGCCACAAAGAAAUGCAAUAACUUUGCAAAUAGGUUGAUGACAGUAAACGCUGUCUGAAAUCUUUAUUUUUCUGUUGACAUUAUUUAAUUCAAGAAACAGUGUCUUUACAGAUCCCCCAUAAUUCCAUCCACACACCCCGAAGCUUGUGUCUGUGUUGGAGAUGAAUCUGCUGUGAAAGAUGAACUGAACCAACCGGCCACAUUGAGAACGGACUCUGCCUGACGGUUCUGUGCCGGGACGGGAACGCUGUUAUACGUAGCUCGUAUCAUGAUAAUGUGUUUUUAUGUAUUUUUGUUGUUGAUGUCCAUUCAGUAUUUUUGCCAUGAUGGCGAGUUGAAGCAAUAUUAAUUAUUCUCUAGUGUAAAAAAAGCCAGCAUGAAGCCCCAAUCACAAAACCGACCGCAGCCAAUCAAAUCAAGCAAGAGGCGGGCUUUCCUUCUUCCUGGUUUGAUGCCAGUAGAUGUGGUCGGAACGGGCAGAAGGAAAUACGGAGAAUAGGUUGAUAUUGACAGUUUUUAAUUACGAUGAGCUUUAUAAUUCAAGCUCAGCUCAUGAUACAUACACUAAGGCGUCGCCCCAUCCCCCCAGCUGUUUUGCCAAGAGGCGUUUUGGAAGUGAUGCCCGUGGACAUGAAGCAUGGAGCUGAAACUUCCCAGUGAGUGCAGAGUUAACACAAGCGUACAUUCUGGAGCUGGAAGAUGAAAUGAGAGCGCAGUCGUCUCCAUCGUGCACAGAAGGGUUGAGCGUGUCCACCGAGUGAAUGUAACCAUCGAGUGUGAGUUUGUUUCCCAAGGACGCCACAGACUGCUCACUCACAGCCACACCUCCCAAACGAGUGUUCAACGGCCCUUUAAACCGUGUUUGCUCCAAUAAAGCAGCAAAAGAAAGCUAGCAAGAGGGAAGUUUGCUGUGUUUCAGGCAGCAGCUUCUGAGCCGACUGCUUCUGCUGCUCUUUAACCAGCCAGGGUGCUCGAGUGUGUUUGGAGACUGUUUGGCCUGUUUACAGCCAACCAGACUGUGAAAUGCACUGAGUUAUUUGUUCUGUGUUCUUGUCUGGGAAUGUCCCACGGGCUAGUGGCACAAUCCACUCUGAUGUGUAGCCCAAGAACACAAACCUAAAGUCCUUCCUCGUUCAGGUCUGCUGGAGUCCACUCACUCCAGCACUGUCAGUAUUCCUCUAUGAACAGACACUCGAUGCUCCAUCCAUCAACUGGAAGAGAAACCUUUCUGUUGUUUUCAUAUUGUUUUGUGUUUGUUUGUUUACGUCAGUUAACAUUUUGUGUGUGUCUGCCGGAAAAAGCAGUGCUGAGAAAGAAAAGAGUAUUAAAAUCUUAAAAUCUGAGUUUGUGUCUUUCAUAACGGGUUCCAUGAGGAUUUGAUGAGUUUGGUGCCAGUUGA